UCUGAGUUGAUACACUGUACGGAUGAUAGAGACACGAGAUGAAUGACGAGAAUGCUAUGGCGAUGCCCCAGAAAGUAGGAGAGGUGACAAAACCAAUGGUACCCGAAGGAACUGUUGAAGAGUUAUUAGAAAGAGUUUAUGGUUUGAAAGUUGUAAAGGUGAAAUCAUUAAAUAGCUAUGACGAUUGUAAUUACGCUAUUACUGUUGAUGAGAAUUACGACAACAAAUAUAUCAAACAACUAUGGCCACAUGGUUAUCUCUUGAAGAUCGUUAAUACCAUGGAUUCAAAACGACCAAAAAUGCACGAAGCUCUGAAUUUGGUUAUGGAUUAUGUGAGAAAGAGAGAUGUGCCGACUCAAGAACCUAUACCGGGGAAAAAUGGAGAAGUUAUAAGUUACCAGAAAAUCUAUAACAAGAAAGGGCAUCAUGUGGACUUUGAUCCCGUUUCGUCGUCAGUGUAUUUCUCACCUUUGUAUAUUAAAGUUGUAAGUGAUUGUAAGCCAUAA